AUGGCACGGUCAAAGGGAGGCCAGAAACGGCCGUUUUGGACGCUGUUUGAAGCCGCUUCCUGCGGUCUUCAUGUCACAUGCACCAAAGCCCACGGCCAGUCGCGUUUACUGCCAUCUGCGCGUCGGAUCGACCGUGUCUGGUGUUUGAGUCCAUCGAUCAACCGUCGUCCAUUCGUGCCGUCUAUUCGUGCAGCAGCCGCCGUGGAGCAAUGUCCUCACUCAGCCUGA